AUGGGCUUUGGAGACUUUGCAAGGAUAUGUCAGAAAACUCCAUUGCCAUUAUGUUCUGUUGUCAAGUCAAAUACUCAUAUGAUUUUGCCAAACUCAACCGUGAUUGAUAAUUUCAAUCCUCAAAAUUUGACUAUUGGCAUAUUGCCCACAUGUUAUGCCAGAUCGAUCGACGUAGCUAAUACAGUUAUAUUCGGUAUUGGAAAUGCAUUCGUUAACAUAGGUGCAAUAGUUGUCAUUUUAAUCAUUCUUUACAACGUGAGACAGAAAUUUACCGCUAUUGGUCGUUCAGAAUAUCUUUAUUUUUUUCAGUUGAGUUUACUUUUGACCAUUUUCACCUUGAUCGUCGAUACGGGUGCAUCUCCUCCCGGCUCACGAUCAUAUCCUUACUUCGUUUCCAUUCAAAUCGGAGUCGCAAGCGCUUGUUGUUACACUUUACUGAUAAAUGGUUUCCUCGGCUUCAGACUUUGGGAAGAUGGCACCAUGAAAUCUAUGUUACUCAUACGUGGAGCAUCAGUUAUUGGAUUUAUUGCGAACUUUUUAGCCGCCAUUUUUACCUUCAAGUCAUGGAUUGCAAGAGGCUCCAUUCAUGAAAUGAAUACUGUAGGGCUUUUUGUCAUGAUGUAUAUCAUAAAUGCAAUAAUUUUGGGUAUUUAUACUAUUUGUCAAUUGAUAAUAUCGUUAUUUGUUGUGCGAAAUUUCUGGGUUACAGGAGCUAUCUUAUUGGGUGUAUUCUUCUUCGUCGUGGGCCAAAUAGUUGUUUUUGCCGUCUCAGACCUUGUUUGCAAAAGCGCAAAUCACUACAUCGAUGGUUUAUUUAUUGGUAGCAUUUGCAAUCUUUUCACACUGAUGAUGGUUUAUAAAAUAUGGGAUAUGACGACAGACGACGAUUUAGAGUUUAGCGUCAGCGUAAAUAAAAAAGGAGACGUCAUGUAUGGGGAGAACUAUUAA